CUUCUGUGAGCUCUGCCAGGAGCGAAAAGACCAGGAUGCGACGGCAGGUGCUCGCGCUGUGCGCGGUGUUCCUGAUGGGGUUGCUACAGACCAUCACGUCCCAAACCCCUGAAGUUUGCCCAGGUACCAUGAACGCGUUGAGUAUCACAGGAAACCCAGACCAACAUUACAGAAACCUAAAGGAGCGCUACAACGGCUGUGAGAUCAUCCUUGGCAACCUGGAGAUCACCCAUAUGGAGGAUCACCUGGAUUUUAGUUUCCUAAAUACUAUCAGAGAAGUGACAGGUUACAUUCUCAUCGCCAUGAACCAGUUUCGCCGGCUUCCUCUGGAGCGGUUACGCGUCAUCAGGGGGAAAACGCUUUACGAGAAAGAAUGGGCCUUAUCCGUCUUCCUUAACUUUGAGGGAUCCAACGGCCUGGAGGAACUAGGCUUUACGAAUCUCACAGAGAUUCUGGAAGGAGGGGUGCAGAUCGUCAAUAAUAAGCACCUAAAAUAUGCUCCCAGUAUAAACUGGCAUGACAUUGUCCACAACAGCUCUUCCCAAAUCCAGAUCCAGGAUGAUGGAGAGAAAGGCCAGUGUCACCCUUCAUGUGGGAAACACUGCUGGGGUCCCUCUGAGAACCAGUGUCAGACCUUGACCAAGACAGUGUGUGCACCUCAGUGUAAUGGACGUUGCUUUGGUACCAGUCCCAGAGAGUGUUGUGAUAUGGAGUGUGCUGGAGGCUGCACUGGACCUCUGGACACAGACUGCUUUGCUUGUAGGCAUGUGAAUGAAUCAAGAGCGUGCGUAUCCCGUUGUCCUCAGCCACACAUUUAUAACAGACACACUUUCCAGCUGGAGCCCAACCCCAAUGCAAUGUACCAGUAUGGCUCUUACUGUGUGAAGGAGUGUCCAGCUCACUUUGUGGUGGACGGCAGUGCAUGCGUGAGUAACUGUCCUCCAGGUAAAAUGGAGGUGGAGAAGAAUGGAAUUAAGCAAUGUGAACCGUGUGCAGGACUCUGCCAAAAAGUGUGUGAGGGUACUGGUUCCAGUCACAGACAGACAGUGGACUCCAGCAACAUCGACACCUUUAUCAACUGUACAACCAUUCAGGGUAGCCUGCACUUUUUGGUGAUGGGCAUCAAAGGAGAUGUCUACAACAAUAUAUCAGCUCUUGACCCAGAGAAACUCAAAGUCUUCAGUACUGUGAGAGAGAUAACAGACAUUUUGAGCAUCCAGUCAUGGCCUGAGGAACUGAGUGAUCUCUCUGUCUUCUCCAACCUCACUACCAUACGUGGACGUUCCCUCCACAAUACUAAAAGGCCUUUCUCUCUGUUGGUGAUGAAAGUGCCCUCUCUGAAGUCUCUGGGUUUGCGUUCUCUGCGGGAGAUCAGUGAUGGCAGUGUGUAUAUCAGUAAUAACACAAACCUGUGUUACCAUCACACCAUUAAGUGGAGACAGCUGUUCAUAGGAAACCGUCCGAAUCGCCGAAAUUCACACAAUGACGUCAAGUUUAACAAACCCCUCAGCCAAUGUGUUGCAGAGGGACACGUGUGUGAUCCCUUAUGUUCAGACUCAGGGUGUUGGGGUCCAGGGCCAGAGCAGUGUUUGUCCUGCAGGAACCACAGUCGUCAUGGCACCUGUGUGGCUAACUGCAACUUUUACUCUGGAGAACCGCGGGAGUAUGCAGGACUUAAUGGGGAGUGUCUAUCCUGUCACUCUGAGUGUUUACCACAGGAGGGAAGGCUAAGCUGCCGAGGACCGGGUGCUGAUGAGUGUGUAGCCUGUUCCAGUCUGAAGGACGGCCCUCACUGUGUGUCCUCCUGUCCUAACGGAGUCAUGGGAGAGAAAGGACUCAUCUUUAAGUACCCAAACAAACAGGGCCACUGUGAGCUCUGCCAUCUCAACUGUACUAAUGGCUGCACAGGCCCAACCCUUAGAGACUGUGUGGACCCAAGCAGAUCUGUCAGUGGGCCUCCUGUGGCAGGCAUUGUGUGUGGUGUGCUGGGUGGACUCUUCAUCUGCCUUGUUCUGGGCGUACUGGGACUACUCUAUCACCGAGGCCUGGCUAUUCGCCGAAAGAGAGCCCUCAGGAGGUACCUGGAGAGCGGAGAGAGUAUCGAGCCUUUGGAUCCAGGAGAGAAAGGGUCCAAGGUUCACGCCCGGGUCCUGAAAGCCUCAGAACUGCGAAAGACCAAGACCCUGGGCUCUGGAGUCUUUGGUACAGUGCAUAAGGGUUCCUGGAUUCCUGAGGGGGAUUCGGUGAAGAUCCCUGUGGCUAUUAAGACCAUCCAAGAUCACAGUGGCAGACAGACAUUUACUGAGAUCACAGAUCACAUGCUUGCUAUGGGGAGUCUGGAUCACCCGUAUAUAGUCAGGUAUUUGGGGAUUUGUCCUGGGCCCAGUCUGCAGCUGGUCACCAGACUGAGUGCCCAGGGCUCUUUACUGGAAUACCUCAGACAGCACAGAGAGCACGUGGAUCCCCAGCGUCUGCUCAACUGGUGUGUGCAGAUUGCUAAGGGGAUGUACUAUCUUGAGGAGCACUGUAUGGUCCAUAGGAAUCUGGCAGCGAGAAAUGUUCUACUGAAGAGCAACUACAUUGUCCAGGUCUCAGACUUUGGAGUGGCAGACCUGGUUUACCCAGAUGAUAAGAAAUAUGUGUACAGUGAAGUCAAGACUCCAAUCAAAUGGAUGGCACUGGAGAGCAUCCUCUUCCGAAGGUUCUCUCACCAGAGUGACGUCUGGAGCUACGGAGUGACGGUGUGGGAGAUGAUGUCAUACGGGGCAGAGCCUUAUGCUGCCAUGCAUCCUCAGGAGGUGCCCGGCCUGCUGGAGAAAGGAGAGCGACUCUCUCAGCCUCCAAUCUGCACCAUCGACGUCUAUAUGGUCAUGGUUAAAUGCUGGAUGAUUGAUGAGAAUAUAAGACCCACUUUUAAAGAGCUGGCCAAUGAGUUUACCAGAAUGGCCCGAGACCCACCCCGCUACCUCGUGAUAAAUCCGCACUGUAGCAGCCCUGUGUUAGAUGAAAAUCAGCAGAGAGAAACCAAACUGGCUCGGAUAGAGGCUGACCUGGUGGAUGAGGACGAAGAAACAUUGACCGAUGGCUUUGUCACUCUUCCUUUCCCCGUCUCACCUUCAAGGAGUCUCUCUCGCCUUAACUCUUACAGGUCUCUCUCUGCCCAGUCUGCACCAGUAGGGUACCUGCCCAUGACCCCCAGCACUGGAGACAUUUCUAGACAGCUGUGGCAGCAGAGGCCGCGGCGUGGGUCAGCGCGGACAACCUCAGAGUGCUCAGAGGGCAGGGGAACGCUGACUGACACAGAGAUGACUGAGUUCUCCAGUCACAUGGGUAGUCUACGCAGAGGCCGAAACCGAGCCGACAGUGCCUACACGUCAACCUCCAUGUCUGUGGCCUUAGACAUGUCCUCACCUGGCCACGAGGGGGCAGACGAGGACCCUAACGGAUAUGUACUACCGAGAUCAACUCACAGCCCGGAGAGAGAUGCUCUUCUUGGUCUCAAGGGUUCCAGAACAAUCUCUUCACACGGCUGGGCCUCUAAGGGCUCCAGGAGUCCACAAGGUCCGUCAACCCCAGUCACGGACCCCACACAAGACUAUGAACUGAUGAGCAAACAGCCACCCCCUCUGCUUCCACGUUCACUGAAAUCCCCAACCGAUAGCUCAGCUUCCCCUGCCAACCCUACAAACUGCAGCACCGGCCUCCCACCACAUGAGGGAGACGGUGAGUAUUUGCAGCCUCAGCAGCAGAGUCAACGCAACAGUUCCCCUACAGGAGGAAGCCCUGAAUGCAAGGGUCAGCCUGUGAAAGAGGCAGAGGGACAACAGGUGGAGAAUGGGAACUGUGGAGUUGUUCCAAGUGAGGAACCAUCAGAGGAUUCUGUGGUUGAGUAUGAAUACAUGGACAUAGGAAGGGCAGAUUCACCUGCUGUUGAUGAAGAGGAGAUGGACAGAAGCAGUGAAUGUGAUGUAACAGAUUCAGACGAGCAGGACAGAGAGGACAAAACUCAGAGCAGGGCAGGGGGAAAACUCACAGAUGACGGUGACUAUCAGAACUCAACUGUACACAGGGCAGAGGGGAAAAUAACCAGCACGGGGCAAGAAGAUGAAUAUGAGGACAUGGAUGCUUGUGGGGGUGUCUUGGAUUGUGGGGGGGACGAGGUGGAGUACCAGAACGUGCAGGGCAAGGGCAGACCACUUAGGGGUGAAGGGGUAAAGGGAUCUGGGCUGGGUGCAUACAUGAAGGUACGAGCUGGAGUUGGGGAACCAAACAGCAACACGUCGUUCGACAACCCAGACUACUGGCACAGCAGAUUGUUACUCAAACAAGAUGCUGUGCGCACAUAGGACUAAGGCUGGACCUAAAAGACACUAACAUAUAACUGAAGCUAUAUCAAAAUGUUGAAGGGUGAGACGACAGGAAAUGCACUGCUGGUUAACUUACCAGCUCCCUCAGGACUAUGUAACGCUAUCAAAGGAUAUCCAUUAAAUAUCCCCGUGCUUACGUCCUAUUUUGUACUCUUAUCAUAAACCUCCAGUGAAGAGGAAGUUUUACAGUAGCAAAUGAAAUGGCCAGUGGGACCCUCAGUAUUUUAGUUGUACUUACUUGACUU